ACCGUCAGAGGAUUUCGCCUUUCUAACAGGAUUAUAACAUUUUCUGCUGAACACGAGGAAUGGCAGACCUGGAAUAUAUCUGAAUGUCUUUCCCUAGGAUCUUUUGAAAACACUCCAAAAAAGGAGAGGAAAUAUCCCCAAGCUGCAAGACAAGACCUGGGCACCAGGAUUAUUCAACACCCCGGGCCUUCCACAUCCUGCUCGGACACAAAACACCAGGCUUAACCAAUCCCAGCCAUUGUCUGCCCUUCAAAAACAGGUUUUCUUCUCAAAGGAACAUGAAAAGAGGUGACGAAACAGCAAGAGGUGGUACCAGCUUUGGAGCUCCUUCAAUUCAAUAUAUACUCAGCGGGAGUCGUUUUUCCAGUGGAUUUGGAUCUGGGGACGGUGCAUGGCAAAUCACCAGGACCUGUGGCAUCGGUGAAGAGUGGUGACAACUCUGUGACCAGACCACGAGGGCUGUGCAGGAUGAAGGUGUUUUUGUCUCUUCUGUUGGCUGCUGCCACUUGUGUGGAUUUGGGACACUCCUUGCAGUGUUACACGUGCAGGGAAUUGACCCCAGCUGAGGAGUGCCUGACAAUUGAGAACUGCACAGGGACUGAGAACAUGUGCAAGACUACCAUGUAUUCCCUGGAGGAUGUUUACCCCUUCACGGGUGUCUCCACCGUCACCAAGAUGUGCUCCUCCACCUGCGUCCCCUCCGAUGUGUUUGGCAUCGGGCUGACACAUCCUGUCUCCUGCUGCUACAGUGACCUGUGCAACUCGGAUGGUGCAGCCAGCCUGAGGAUCAGCCUCGUGCCAGUUGGGAUCCUGGCAAGCUCCCUCUGUGCCUUUUUCUGGACUCGGCUGUGAGGGGACGAUGGCAGCCAUUUAUUCUGGAAAUUCCACCAGGAAAACAACCCCCCGGCAGCCCAGCUUCCAGUGUGGAUGCCUCAUGAAUGACACUCAACAGCUCCCCCAAA